GCGGGAUGAAAUUUCAACCUAAUGAACAACUUCGCAAACAAAUGGAUAUUGGUGUAGGACUGCUGCAAUCAUUCAAAAGAGCCGACGCAAACAACAGCUCGGUUGAACCAAACUCCCUGAAAGUGGGAAGAACAUUUGAAGCUAUGGGAAAAGGCAACAGUUUAACAGUGACACUUAGAACUUAUAAAGGUGAACUUUGUGACCCGCCACUGGAUGACGUUACAGUACACAUCACUCCUGAAGAUGACGUGACAAUUGAAGAGAAAGAAGCGACUGCUGACGGCAAGAUCAAAGUAAUCUUCACUCCUCGUGUUCCUGGUCAGUUGACAGCAGAGGUUCAAGUACAUGGAAAUCCUGUAUCCAACAGUCCACUAGUGAUGGAUGUCAAACCACAACACAUUAAGGAAAUGACUACAAAUCCAAAGCUGAAAAACGCCUUGAAUACUGGUUCAAAGAAAUUUAGAGGUAUUGCAGUGAACAAAACCAACACUAAGAUUGCUGUAGCAGCCUGGAAGGAUUGUUGCGUCAGAGUGUUCAACAUGGAUGGGGAUUUGUUACUGUCAUAUGGGAGUGGAGACAGUGGACGAGGAAAGUUAAACAAUCCACAGGGUUUAGCAUUCCUCAGCGAAACAGAUUUAGUCAUAGCUGAUUCCUAUAAUGAUAGAAUAUGCAUAGUGGACACAACAUCUGGUGCACUAGUAAAAACCUUUGGUUGUCAAGGCAACAUGGAUGGGCAGUUCAAAAACCCACGUGGAGUACAUGUUGAUGAUGAUUCUAACAUCAUUGUGUGUGAUCGUGACAAUCAUCGUGUUCAAGUGUUCACAAAGAAUGGUGAAUAUCUAUAUCGGUUUACAAUACCAGGAGAAAAGAAGCCAUAUGAUGUAGUUAAACACAAUGGACUGUUCUACGUCAGUGCUGAUAUCUCAGUGGUACACGUGAUUGAGAUGAAAGACAAUCAGUCACCAACUACAGUAAACACUAUUGGUGGGGAGGACUACACAGAUGGUCGGCUCGAGGACUCUUCUGGUCUAGCUAUUGACAAUGACAACAAUCUUCUAGUUUGUGAUUAUAACUCAAAAAACAUUUAUAAGUUUAGUCUGGAUGGUCAUCAUGUUGGAAAGUCAAACGACCUAAAUUAUAGACCUCAAUUCAUAGCAGUACUGAAUAAUGGACAGAUUCUUUGUACUACACCUGAAAAAGGUGUUACCUUUUCUUAGGUAGAUUCAAAGCUGUAAUGAAGUUGCAUUGCUGCUUUAGAGUGGAAGCACUUUAUCCAUGAACCAAAUAGUACUAAUUACUACUUAUAAAAUUAGGCAAUAUUCAAAAACAAAAGAUUGAAUCGCGCAUAAAUUAGUACUAUUUUGAAAUACAUAAGUUUCAUGGAUAAGCGAAACAUCAAGUUUCCAUCGGCAACUAUCACAGCAUAAUGCCUUCAUUCAAUUACUUAGUCCUCUAAUUAGAGACAAUGCACUUAAAGUAAGGACAUUCAACCCGCCAAACAAAAUUUAAAAAAACAAAACAAAAACAAAACAAAGUGUGAUAGUCAAAUGGACACAAAAGAAAACAAUGAAAUUAGAGCGUACUAAGUUUUAUUAGUGUAAAAUCUAUUCUGUGAAACUUUAAUAGAACAGAACUCCACACUCUAAACAAAAUGCGAAUUUGUAAAACAACAAUAAUGUAAUUUUAUCUAUCAAUUCAAAAUCAUGUAUCAAGGUCGUCAUGUAUCAUGUAUCCGUCUUA